UCAUUUUUGCAACCAAUCAAUUCUCUCACUUGUCUUUAUUUCUUUCUCUCUCUAAACUCACGCACACUCAUUUUCCUCUCCGACUUGCGAGGCCGAGCGAUCCAACCCUAUCAUCGCCAUGUUCCGCCGCGCUACAUCAACUUUCCUCUCUCGCGCCGCCUCCACGCGCCGAUUUUCAACAGAUGUGGCUACUCCUGCCGCCGAUUCUAGCUUCAUUGAAGCGUGGAAGAAAGUUAGCCCCAAUCUUGACCCACCUAAGACACCUAUCGAAUUCAUGAAACCUCGUCCGCCUACUCCUUCCACUCUCCCUACCAAACUCACUGUUAACUUUGUCCUUCCUUAUGCUUCUCAAUUGGCCGCUAAAGAGGUUGAUAUGGUUAAUAUCCCAGCUACAACUGGCCAGAUGGGUGUUCUCCCAGGACAUGUUGCAACAAUUGCAGAGUUGAAACCUGGAGUCCUGUCUGUACAUGAAGGGAGUGAAACAACCAAGUAUUUCGUAAGCAGCGGCUUCGCUUUCAUCCAUGCAAACUCUGUUACUGAUAUAAUCGCUGUUGAGGCUGUACCAUUGGAUCAAAUUGAUGCAAGCCUAGUGCAGAAGGGUCUUCAAGAUUUCACUCAGAAGCUCAACUCAGCCAACACUGAUUUGGAGAAAGCUGAAGCUCAGAUUGGAGUUGAUGUUCACAGCGCCCUCAACUCAGCUCUUACAGGCUAAAUACUGUAGUUGAGCUUUAAUUUUUCAAUUGUUUAUUUCCCCGGUUAUUUGUCUCAGUGUAAUCAAAGUUGCUGAACAACAUUUUCAUCAUAAAUGUAUUUUGUGUUGAAACUGAAUUGAUGAAAUAAUAUUUCAACAGCUUCCAUCUAGCUCCAGGAAGUUGAACAAAAGCUUUAUAUAUGUUUUGGAUUAUAGGCAA